AUGUCGACCGUAGACUGCGACGAGCCUAUACCUACAUCAACAACCCCAACAACAACGACAGUGACGAUGCCGACCUGUUCAGAACAACAGUCGCAAGAACCCUCAAUCCGAUGCACAGGACCAUACCAAGUCUCUUCCUCUUUCUGGUUAAGUCCCGUUGCACUCUCCGAUACCGCAGAAGUCUAUCGGAUCCUCAAUAUCGACAACAGCAUUCACAACGGACUCCACUCGGACAAGAUGCGCUUCCCCUUCUCUGAAGAAGCAGCUCGUUAUUUCACGGCGAGACAUUUGAGAAUCCGGGAAGAGAAGGGGAUCUGUCACGCGUGGGCGAUUAGGACUGAGGUGGAAGGGCCUAUGAUUGGGUUGUUUGCGCUGAAUCCGUUUGAUCAUGGUGAUAUGGGUCCGUGUUAUUGUGGCAAGGAGCCUAUUGCCAAAGCAGAGCCGGUCCAUGAGAUUGACGAUGGAAAGGAGGAGGAGGAAGAGGGUGUUUUGAGCUGUGGCGGAAUAGGGUACUGGUUGUCUCCUGAGCAGGCCGGCAAGGGUGUCAUGACGGAGGUAAUCAAAUUUGCACUGACCAGGAUGGCGAGACAGGAGUUUGGAUUCGAUCGAGUUCAUGGGGAGGCCUGGACGGAUAACGUGGGCAGUCGGAGGGUGAUGGAGCGGGCAGGGAUGCGUCCUGCGGUUGGUGUGCCUGUCUUUGUGGCCAAGUUUGAUGCCGUAAAGGAUAUCGCGCACUAUAUCUAUGACACCGAUUAA